AUGCAGGAGACGACUGUAGAUGCAGAAGAGCCCAUACUGAACGGGUCUGGGAGGGAAGAGCUGCAUCCAGUGAAGCAGUCGUUAGCUGCCUCUCUGUGCCGAGGGUCUCACUGGAAGUGUCUUCUCCUCACUCUGCUCAUGUUCGGUUGUUUCGGCACACUGGGCUGGUGCAACCUCUGCAAAGUUCCAGAGCUAGCUCCAACAGAGCCAGAGGCUGCUGUUGUUGAGCCCGGAGACCCCUCUACAACCUCAGCAAGCUCCAGUGUUUACAUCCCAGAUGAACUGGAUCUAGAGGGUCCUUGUUCCAGUGGCUAUGUUUAUAUCCCUCUUGCUUUUCUGGCCAUGCUGUACGUGGUCUACCUGGUGGAAUGUUGGCACUGUUACUCCAAGACAGCCAUGUUGGCUCAAGCAGAGGUUGCGGACGUGUACGAGCGUGUUCAGAGGCUGCAGCAGGCUACACCCUGUAUCUGGUGGAAGGCCAUCAGUUAUCACUACUUGCGACGAACCAGACAAGUCACACGCUACCGCAAUGGGGACGCCUAUACCACCACACAAGUGUAUCAUGAACGUGUAAACACACAUGCAGCUGGUUCAGAGUUUGACUAUGCACGGUAUGGUGUUAAAGAUGUAUCAAAGGAGUUAAGGGGCCUAAUGGAUCACCCGGUUGUACGGCUGCGCUUCACUAAAUGCUUUAGUUUUUCUAGUGCUCGGGCAGAGGCUGCAUACCUCACCCAGCGUGCACAAUUUUUUGGUGAAAAUGAGGGACUGGAUGACUACAUGGAGGCACGGGAGGGAAUGCAUUUUAAGAAUGUGGACUUCCGUGAGCACAUUCUAGCCUUCCCUGACCCAGCCAGACAGCCCUGGUAUGCCAAGCGCAAAGUUUUCUGUCUGGCCUCAGCUUUACUCCUUUCCUGGCCACUUCGGGUUGUUGCAGAGUAUCGCACUGCAUAUGUACACUACCAUGUAGAGAAACUGUUUGGUGAUGCUGAUAAUAAUAGUAGGGGGGAAAUAACUGAGAAUGGUGUGGGCAAUGAAAAUGGACAUGGAAAUGGAGGCGGCAUUGGAUCAAGCUAUCGUACCAUUUCUCGUGUUAACACAGUGGACAUGACGGAGUUGGAGUGGCACAUUCGCUGCAACCAGCAAAUGGUGCCCAGCUACUCUGAGGCCUUGUUAAUGGACCCUGGUUCAGGUACCAACCAGGGGACCAACAAUUCUCAAGCCAGACAAGGGACUAACUCAACAGGGGGUGGCCCUACACUUCCAGUGGCCUUUGCCUCAGCUUACUUGCUCCAGAGCUGUCCUCGCUGCCGCCGUACUACAAGCAGCGCCUCCUUGCCCUCCAGGCUAAGAGGCCCAACAGCAGCCCUGCUCAGUGGAAUGAUGGCUGGGAUGAGGACCAAUGGGACUGGGGGUGGUCCUGGAGGCCCAGGCAGGCUGGUUCUGAGCAGGAGUGGCUUCUCAUUGGGGCGUCUCCAGGCUCCUCGCCCUUCGUCACUCUUCCACUCCCGCAGUGUUGGUGGAGGACUAGCAGCAAGAGGAGAAGAGGGAAGUGGGGGAGGUGGUUUUCUAGCUUUGGGGUCUAGACAGGAUGAAGAGAGCAGAAGAGUGCUGGAGGGAGAGGGUGAUGAGGAAGAGGAGGUUGGAAAUGAGGUGGAAAGAGAGGAAGAUGGUGAGAGGGAAGGGGAGGAAAGAGAGCAACCAGAGGAGAUAGAAGAAGAGGAAGCAAGAGAAGGAGAUAGACCUCCUGCAUAUCAGGAUGCAUUCUUUUUCCCUGUGUUGAUUGUGCAUGGAGAGGAGAGUUGUCAUACAGGUGGGGACAUUUCCUGAAAAUAAAAACUGCAAAGGUAGGGUAUAAUGGGGCUAAAGACUCAGCAGGGUUAAAGGCUCCAUUGAUUUAAUUUUUUCCCAAAACACUAAAUGGCAACAAAAACUACCACAGCACUUUCCUAAACACCUGUUUGACAGUACAUGGGAAAAUUCUUCUUAUCAAUGAGAUCAAUACGUGUGUUCUAUAAAGGUUGAUUUUGAGGCAAUUUUAUAUUUAAUUUUUUUUUUUUUUUUUUAAUGUUGCAAAUGUAUGCAGUUUA